AUGGAACCUUGGAAUUUUCGUGAUAGUUUGGUGGUUUUGGUUGAUGCGCGUGCAGGACUUGAUACCAGAGAGGUGGAAUUCCAUCACAGGAAGGUUUUGGAGGUUGAUCAGGCUGAUGGUGUGGAAUGUAUGGGACGCUUCUUACAAGUUCGUACUCAAUUAGACGUGGAUCAACCUUUGAUACGAGGUGCUUUUGUCCAAUUUCCUGAUGAUGGAGCUAAGUGGGUUAAUUUUCAGUAUGAAUUUCUACCAGAGUAUUGUUUUGUCUGUGGGCAUUUGGGACAUCCAAGCCGUAUCUAUAUUGAAAAAUUAGAGGCUGAUCAAGACCUCACAGAGAGCAAGGUGGAGGUUUUGCACAAUUUUUCCGGGCUUGAGGCGGUGGAGGAUUUGAGUGGCUGGCGAUUACGCUUUGGGGAACGUAAUGUUUCACAGGGGAAUAAUAGUACAACCUCAGGGGGUAGAUGGCGUCAUGAGCGCUCUAGUCGCUUGGGAGAGCCUCGACAUCUGCAACAGGUAGGGUGCUGGCGGGAUGUGGGUGGUGCAUAUAUGUCUAGAGGGUGGAGAUGGAAGACACUGCUACCUUCCCUAACAAAUAGGCUUCUCAUUCGCAUUCUUUAA